AGAGCAAGGUCCCGCGUGCGCCUGCGCCUUGCGCGCCCAGCGCGACUGUCUUCCUCGUUUAUGCAGCUGCACAGAUAUGGAAAAUCCUCCCCAGUCUGAGGCGGCUGCAACCUGUCUUUGGUGCUUAUCUAUUCAUGCCCUGCAUCGAGGUAAUACCGGUAAUACGUAACGCUAGCCAAGAGGAAAAGUGACUACACGCGACUACUCGGGACGGCGUUGAGCGAGCGCCGCGACUGGAGGUGACACCGCAGCGUCGCUCGUCCCGCGUGUCCUUCAUAUUCUGUCUACGUGUGUACACACACAAUGCCGAGAGUGGUACUGCAGUGAGCGGAACGGUUCCGCUUGCGUCCACGGUAUGGGGACCGGACAUUUAGCCCCAAAAGCGUUAUGUCGAUGACCUUGUGGUUUCGUUGCUUCGCGCACGUGUUUAUGCGUAUUCCGUGGCAUAUGGCUCAUGUGAGCCCGUCCCUGAGCGUUGCUGUUUUACAAAUAACAGUAUUUUCUUCCCGUCUGGCUGAGAGUGACUGCUAGCGAAUCCAUCAUGAGUGCCGCGGUGCUUGGGAAGCGGGCCUGCAGGGUUUUUGCGUGUUUUUUGCACGCCCGUGCCUGCUGCUCUCAUCUGAAGUCAACGGCCCCAGUGUUGUGUUUAGUUUCCAAUCGUGUAAGUUUCACCUCGACGGACCGUUUUGGUGCGAGAUGCAAGUCUUCCAGCAGAAUAGACGCGCCGCAGUCCUUGGGCGUUCACAAAGCUUUCACCGUUCACCGCACGUUUCCUGAACGACUCGUCCAAGCGGCGCCAGAUAGGUUGCGGCCUUACUUACGACUCAUGCGCUUGGACAGACCGAUCGGAACCUGGCUGGUGAUGUUGCCAGGGGCGUGGAGCAUUGGUCUAGCAGCAGACCCGGGCUGUCUACCCGAUCUUAAGCUUCUAGCUAUGUACGCUGCUGGAGCAGUGCUGAUGAGAGGUGCCGGUUGCACUAUAAAUGACAUGUGGGACCGAGACAUAGACAGAAAGGUGGAGCGAACUAAAAAUCGACCUCUUGCAAGUGGUGAACUAUCAAUGUUCGAUGCUCUUGUCUUUACUGGUGGCCAGCUUGCUUUGUCGACGCUCAUACUGUUGCAGCUAAACUGGUACACCAUAGUCCUUGGGGCAAGUUCUGUUACUCUGGUCACAUUGUAUCCCAUCAUGAAGAGGGUAACUUAUUGGCCACAAGUCAUGUUGGGUCUGACGAUCAACUGGGGUGCUCUCAUGGGCUGGGCAGCAAUCAAAGGUUCGUGUGACUGGUCAGCAGUCCUCCCCCUCUAUGCUGCAGCUAUGUCUUGGACACUCAUCUAUGACACAAUCUAUGCGCAUCAGGACAAACAUGAUGAUGCUAUUAUCGGAAUGAAAUCUACUGCCCUCAAGUUUGGUGACAAAACAAAGAGAUAUCUGUGGGUGUUCUCUGCAAGUAUGGUUGGCAACCUGGUUCUGGCUGGCUUGGCUUCAGGGCAAUCCUGGCCUUUUUACCUUGCUACUGCAGCAACGGGAGCACAUCUUGCUCGCCAGAUCCACACGCUCAACGUGGACGACCCCGGUGACUGCGCCAAGAAAUUUGUUUCUAAUCGACAGAUAGGCUUUCUGGUCUUUCUGGGCAUUGUUUGUGGCAACCUGUUCAAGUAAGGGAGAGAUGUUUCUAAAGAAGCAACUCAGGAUUAUCAAGUGAUAUUAUAUGCUGAUGUUGUUACGAAAAAAAUAAAUUGCUGAUUAUUGUUUUCAUAGCAAA